GUGGGGCCGCACACGCGGCUGCUCCCCACUCCGGCCCGCCCAGCCGCCGCCGCCGCCGCCUCGUCCGUCUGUCCGUCCGGCUGUCCGUCUGUCCGUGUGUGCGUCCGAGGUGCAGCGGCCGCGGGUGCCCCGAGCCCCCGACCCAUGGCCGCUCAGUAGACGCUCCUGACAGGGCUCCUUCCGAGAGUGCCGGCCCAAGCAGCAGACGCGGCGGCGGCGGCGGCAGCGGCGCGAGGCCCGCGGGCCUCCCGGGCGGACGGACGGGCGUGCGUGCGUGCCAGAGAGUGCGGGAGGCCCCCCGGAGGCCAUGGGCUUUGCCCAAGAGGCGGCAGCGGCGCGCGGGGAACCCGGGCCAAUCGCGGGGCCGGUCACCGGACCGGGCCGCCGCCGGGCCAGCCAGCGGGGCUGCGGCUGUCGCGGGGGCCCGGCUUCGGCGGGCGCCGGGAGCAGCUGCCGCCUCUUCCUGGCUUUUUUCGCUCUGUCUCUGGCCCUCCACCUGCUGACGCUCUGCUGCUACCUGGAGCUGCGCUCUGAGCUGCGGCGAGAGCUAGCAGCCGAGGCCCGCCGCGCCCCCGUCCCCGCCGGGCCGCCCGCCGGGCCCCCCGACGCUACCAUUGAUGCCUCCCGGGACGCCUGGGCAGCCCGUCGCCGCCGCCAACGCGGGCAGCUGCCACCUCAACUCCAACAGCAGCAGCAGCUGCUGCCACCGCCCGAACCCGAGCCCAGGGACACGGCGCUUCUCCCCGGCCCUGGGGACCCGCAGCAGUUGGCCCUGCUGAAUUUCUUCUUUCCUGAAGAAAAGCUCCCUAAUGAAGAAGAAAGUAGACAUGCUCAGCGCAGCAAGAGGAGCAAAAGCAGUGAAGGAGCAGAUGGUCCAGUUAAAAACAAGAAAAAGGGAAAAAAGGCCGGACCUCCUGGGCCAAAUGGUCCCCCAGGCCCCCCUGGGCCUCCAGGCCCCCAAGGACCUCCAGGAAUCCCCGGAAUCCCUGGCAUUCCUGGGACAACAGUCAUGGGACCCCCUGGCCCUCCUGGUCCCCCUGGGCCUCAAGGCCCCCCUGGGUUGCAAGGCCCCUCAGGUGCAACCGACAAGGCUGGCACUCGAGAGAUCCAGCCAGCUGUGGUGCAUCUCCAAGGCCAAGGCUCCGCCAUCCAGGUGAAGAAUGAUCUUUCAGGUGGAGUGCUCAAUGACUGGUCUCGAAUCACCAUGAACCCCAAGGUGUUUAAACUGCACCCCCGCAGCGGGGAGCUGGAGGUACUGGUGGACGGCACCUACUUCAUCUAUAGUCAGGUAGAAGUUUACUACAUCAACUUCACGGACUUUGCCAGCUAUGAGGUGGUGGUGGAUGAGAAGCCUUUCUUACAGUGUACCCGGAGCAUUGAGACGGGAAAGACCAACUAUAACACGUGCUACACAGCAGGCGUGUGCCUCCUCAGGGCCCACCAGAAGAUUGCUGUCAAGAUGGUGCACGCUGACAUCUCCAUCAACAUGAGCAAGCAUAGCACGUUCUUUGGGGCCAUCCGACUAGGCGAGGCCCCUGCUUCCUAGACUCUCCUCGGCUGGGAGGCCAGGACACCUGGGGCCGCCCCACCAUUGCACAGUUUGGAUGGAGAUGUAGGCAUCUUCCAGCCAAGGAGAGACAGAGGAGAGAGUGAGGAAGCCAGCCGCUCAUGGUCUAUUUAUCCCCUAACUAGUGGCUUUUGGGCAAGCCGGCUUGCUGGGACCCAGGGGAGGCAGUGGGAGGGCCAAGCCAGUCUUUGGAGACUCAGCACCACUGGGCUCAGGAUGAGGGGUGGCCCACAGGCCUGUAGCCUUCAGAACUCUGACACACCAGCUCUGUGGCAGCAGGCACUUCAGGGCAAGAACUGACAGAGGCAGGAACCAAGGAGGGAGCUGCCAAAGAGGCCCUCAGUUCAAAUCCUCACCCUCAGGGCCCUUGGGCACCAGCAUGAGUAAAUGUAGCAUUCUGAGUUCGGAGCCUGCCUCCACCACUUCCUAAGUCUCUUCCUCAGCAUCUCUGGGCCUCACCUGAGCUGGGUGACCUCCACAGUCCCUUCCAGCUCUGACUUCACCUUCCUGUCUGCAACAUGGGGGCCUUGGACUAGAUGACUUUCCAUCUGAACCUCUGCUGCUGGGCUCACCUUAAGUGAUACAGUGUGAAGGGACAGAAGGGGGCAGGGGGGAGGGGCAGAACAAGCCCACAAUGGGGCUCUUGCUAUGGGCUGAUGGCUGCCCUGGCUGCUCGGCUCUGACAGCCUGCGGGCCUCUUCGAGGCUACCUGCUUGGACUGAGAGGAGGCCCUCCCUUGGUUUCCAGCUUCUAUCCUCAAAUUUGCCCUGUCGCUGCCACGCCCCUUCCCCCUUCCCCCCUCCCCUCCCUGCAUGCUGUAGGCUGGGCUCAGAAAACAGGACUGUGGCCUUCUCCCCUGUUUCCAGGGCCAUCCUCAGCUCUCAGUAAAUUCCUGAGAUUGGGCCAUGUGCCCCCUCCACACACACCCAGAAUCUAUACUCAUCCCAGGCUGGCUAUGGCUUCCAUUCUCCCCACCAGAGAGCUCCUAGUCUAAGACCGAGAGCUUUUUCCAUUUGAUGUGACUACGCACAAAAGGCUUUCAUUCUGCUUGUAGGAUCGUGCCCACUGGCAGGGGAUUGGACCAGAUGACUUCUGGUCAUCCCUUCAAGGUCAAGGAUUCCAGAGGCUAAACCUUAGUUGUGUGAACUAACCCAGAAGGGUCUAUUAACUCCUCCCUGCCUCAGAGCUCCAGGGGAUGCCAAACAGUGGGAGUGCCAGCUGACCAAGGAAGAAAGGGUGAGAUGUGGCUGAAGAUUCCCCCUUCCCCGUGAGGCUCAGGCCACCAAGGGAGUCCACGAUCUAUGCUGGAGAUUGGCUUGGUCUCCAGCUCCCAGAAGGCCUCUGGACUGAGCAUCACCUAGGCAACUCGAUAUAGGCAGUACAGUAGGGACACCUAAGUGGGAGCCAAUGGAAAGGGUGCUGGCCCUGGAUUCGAAUCGUGCUUCUGCUGCUUUCUACAAAUGGGACCUUGGCCAAGUUGCUUUGCCUCCCAAGGACUGCAGUUCGCUCAGCUGGUUUCAGGACUCAUAGCAGUCUUCCUUGCAAAUGGACUUUGAGGAAGCUCCAGGAUGGAUUUAGAACUAGUCGUCUGCUGGUUCCAAGGAGGCCACUCUUGCUCAGCACCAAUCACUCCCUAAGUUACUUAGCCUGGUCCAAGGCAAAGCCCUAUCAAUAGGUUGGGGCAGACCAAGGCCGCUAGUAAGGACAGAUGCUUUCAUUUCUUGAGGGGCUGCUGGGCAGUGAGAGCCACAGAGCUUGUGUAUCCCCAUGGCCAAGUGGCAAGAGGGGCCUGGGCUUCCACUCUGUGGCAUCUGCUAGUGACAGCCUUUGGACCUAAGGCCCUGCAGGCACCAACCCAGUGUGGGCCUCCCACCUCCUAGAAAGCUCACUGCUGGUGAUCUUUUGGACAGCCAGACACAGAAGAGCUUGCCAUUCCCUAGCUCAGGCAGCCAAGUGGGACUCCCAAAUGGACAGUCCACAGGAGAAAGGCAAGCCUACUGAAGGAAUCCAGAGCCCUGACGUGUCCAACUCUUGCAGCACUGGCCAGCCUGGUAGCUGCUGGGGCUUCUGUACUGAAAGAAAAGGUCCAUUAACCUUCAGACCCCUAUGUCCACUUGGUGUUGUGUCAAACAGGGCUGCCGGUCCCCCCUGCUAACUUAUCACACUAACUGAAUCAGUGUCUACCUCCUGAGGGCUAUGAGGGAGGUGCAGGACCUAGGGGCCCCACUGGCAAGAGCCUGAUGCCCAAGGAGAGACAGAGGAGAAGUGGAUAUGACACUGGAAAGUACCUUGGAGAGCUCCAGAUCCUCUGAACUAAAAGACCUUCUUAAGAAAGACCAACUCUAGAAGCUGGCAGAGCAGGAGUGAGACAGGAGGAAAGGGAAAGGGCUCCCAUCCCUGCCUCUCAGCCCAAACUGUGGGGCACUACAUGGGGUUAGGUGCCCCAGGCAACUUCUCUCAGUCCCUUCCCAAAGAGAACCUGAGAGCUGGGGGGGUCUUUGCUCUUUCCAACAUGGAUGGGGCCGCUGUGGUUGCUGCAGAAGAGGCCUGUGGCUGUGUUUGGAAGUGUUUUGAAGUCACUUUGCAGUCAAAAGAAUGGGGAAGAGUUGGAAGUGUGCCUCACUGACCUUCAUUUUUCUUUCCCUGAGGGCUGGAAGACUAGAAGAAAGAUUUGAAUCCCUGCCCUGCCCCCUCCAAGGGUGCUGAGGGCCUUUCUCUUUCAUGUCAUGGCCACUAAUGCAAGAAAUAGGAUGUGGCUUGUCCAUUUGGCCAAUGGAGGCUUUGGCUCACUCAGUCCCAACAGCAAAGCCCCCAGGACACCCUGACUCAGACCCUACAACAGCCCCAGCUCCUGCCAUGGUCCUCUGUUGGAUCCUUAUGGUCAAUUCCAAUCAAUCUGGCAGACAUUUUUGAAUGUCAUUACUAUGUGCCAUGCCCCAGGAUCUAACAACAAGCUAAAGCCCAAGCAGCCUUUGUAUGUCCGGCCCUUGGUGACUGUGGAGCUGGGGGGGGGGGGGUGUGCCCUAGCUACACACUGAGAAGAAAGUUAAAAUAGCCUCAUUGGGACUUUCCGUUCUCCUUGAGGAUUCUGCCUUUAUUACCAUCUGGGUCUUGGUUCUAUGGGCCAUAUUAUAGUCACCAUAUAGGUUUUAUUUAACCCAUUUGAAUAAAUCUGCUAUUGAACCAAAGCGAGAUGUAACUGACCUCCUUGUGGGUCCCACCAGUCUCAGCUUUAUGCAAGUGAAGAGGUCAGCUGAGCAGCCGCCCCCCCCCCACCUUUGCCCUGAGCUUCCUGCUUCCAGUUGGAAAGCAUGGAGAGCCCCACCAGAGACACUAGCACCUGGAGGCCCCUGGGGGGACAAAAGGGCAAAGGUCCUCUAGACUGAAUGCUUUCUGGAGGGUACUCUGACUAGUGCUGGUCUUCCAGCCUGCGGGGCUCAGGAGGGAAUGCAGGGGGAUGGCCCGUGGUCCAAGGUCCUGUCACAGUCACUGGACUCUACUUCCCCAACACCCACCUGGUGACACAGGCCAAAAGGAGCAUCCCCUACCUUCUGAAGUCUUCCUGCUCCCCAAGUUUUGUAUCGAGCUCAGAGCAGAGGUGCUGGUGUGAGCUGAGGGCUGGGAGCCCCAGUGCAAGGCUGUAUGAAAGAGCUUGGGAUGGUAGGGGUGCCAGCUGAGCCUGAGCUGCUCCCAAUCCAGGAGCCAGGACAGGCUUCCAUCCUCUGCAGGAGGCUGGAGGCCCAAAUGGGCCGCCUCUCCUCUAGGUCUCUACACUCUGCUCUUAGAGCCCCAUUGAGUCCCUCCGAGAAGGGCUGGGGCAGCCAGCACCUCUUACUUGGAUAGGAUAUUUCUGUGACUCAGUGCAGGUGGGCCAAGCAGGCCCAAGAGAUGCCUAGUGUGGGAGCAUAGGCCUGCUGUGGCUUGGUGGAGCUGCUCUGUGUAUAUCACGUAUAUAUACUGUAUAUAUAAGCCAGGUUGUAAGUUUGUGUAAAUGAAUGGUUUGUUCUUGGCCAAUAAAAGCAUUUCCCCCCAUGA